GGGACGACUAUGUUCCUUCCACCUGGUAAAGGUCCAUUUCCAUGUGUAAUUGAUAUGUUUGGUGUAGUCGGCUCUUGUGUAGAAUUUAGAGCAGCUUUAUUGGCAUCUAGAGGAUUCGCUGCUAUUGCUCUACCAUACUUCUUACACGACGAUCUUCCAGUUGAUUUAAGGGAAUUGGAAUUGGAAUAUUUUAUGGUUAGUACAUUUAGUUUUGUGCUUUUCAGAAACAGAUAUGAUAAAAUUAUUGUUACGGAAGAAGGAGUGGAUGUUACCGAGACGUUGCAUUGCAAUGUUGAAGAUUAUGUCCCGAUAUGGACCAAAGAUGUCAAUGUUUUAAUUAUUUCCGGUUUGGAUGACAGAUGUUUAAAACCGGACUUUUUAUAUAAUCUUUGGAAACGUUACCCUAGCAACCGGAAACACCUCUGUACUAUAUAUAGAUAUCCGGGAGCUGGGCAUCUUAUAGAACCACCAUAUUCACCUCUAGCCAGGUCUACAUUAGGUUAUUGCCCUGAAUCAGCCAUUAAAUAUCUCAAAGGAUUUACGACAGAUAAUAGAACAAUUUUAGUACUGUGGGGAGGUGAAACCGAGGCUCAUGCACAUGCACAGGAGGAUUCUUGGAAACGAAUAUUGAAUCAUUUUCGAACAACUCUACAGACGUCACAAAAGAAAGGAGACAACAUAUUAGAUAGCAAACUUUGAUUAACAAUGAAAUUAUUAUUUCCAAGACUGUUUGUUAUUACAUUAUAUUGUCUGGCUUGCAUUUUUGGAACAAUGAAAAUUUAAAUAAAGUCUGUUCAGCUCUAUAUAUAAAUAUUCCAGAUACUUAUAAAAACAGUUGAUUUCCUUAAGAAAACAUUCAAAACAAUAUAGUCUUACAUAGUUUUAAUAUUUGUUAACAUCACAUUUUCAUCCAAUCACCUGAUGUCCCAUUGAAUCAUACGGGUUUCUCUGCAUUUUUUUUAGCCAAUCGCUGACCACGUUACAACCAAAAGGAAAUAGAAAAUAAUAAUAAAAUAUUUUUGACUGUUCAGCAUUUCAUAAAAGUAAGCAAACGCUUUUGAUUUUGAAAACAAACCAGCACAAUCCCAAUAAAUAUUAAUGUAUUUUUCUUUCAUUUUUGCAAAACAAUAGACAGGAUUCUUUCCUUUCUUCUCUUCUAUAUUUCAUUUUCUCAAAAUCUAUUUUUGUUUUUGUUAUAUUCGGCAAAUGUACAUGUUUUCUAAGUCAUUGUAACGCAAAUAUAUAAAAAUCAGUUAACAUCGUUAAAUACCAUUCAAGCUAGAGAACAUGUACACCCAAUCAUUUUUAUUGUUCUUUCUUACCUAAAAUCAUUUUUAAAGCCAAGUACUAUAUAUGUGUGAGUUUUGUUACUUCUAUCUAACUGAUAGUCAUUCUUGUAAAAUAAGUUAUUGUAAUUUAUUGCAUCAGGGAAGACCCGUUGCUAAUGUUGAGAGAACUUGUGGGUCAACCCUUUUGCCAAAUAUGUCAUGUCAUUGUAUUGUAACUGUCUACAUGUAUGUAUAUGUCUUAUUUUUGGCAAUAAAAUAUGUUUAAAUCAAAUCA